AUGGAAGAGGAAAAUGACACAAAAGUUAUUAAAAACUCGGAACCUAUUGAAAAUGGACAUGAACCUUCAUCUUCAAUUGUUUCAAUACCAAGCAGUAGUAAUAAUAUUGGACAUUUAAAUAUUAAUAAUAAUGUGGGAAGAGUAAGUGGCGAUGAUUCUAGCGACGAAGACCCAGCAGAAUAUUUACGCGAUUUACGUAGACGUGUUCAAUUUAGUGACAGAUCACAACGUGUUUUGGACGAUUCUGAUAAUUUACUUAAAUCAAUCAGAAAUAGAAGAGCCCCACCAAUACCCUCUCCUUUAGCUAAUUCUUCUUCAACUUCUGCUGUUGGAGGACUACAUUCUUCCUUUUCUUUGGAAAAGCGUCGAAAAAGUGGAGAUUCUACAAUACAGGAUAGAGCAGAAAGAACGUUUAUAAGAAGUAGAAGGUCUUUAAGUCCGGAUAAACAACAAUUAGGUGGAAUUGAAGAUGCUUCUACAAGUCGUUAUUUGUUAAACACGCCAAAAUUCCCUCGAAUUGACUUUGAUGAUUGGAUUACUGAAGAAUUAACAGAUAGGAAGCCGGCAUGGCAUCAAUUAGAGGAAAGUGUUAAAUCUUCAUAUAAUAAACCUAGAGCAACAGCAGAACGAAACAGGCAAUUAAAUGAAUAUCAAGACACCCAACUUAACCAUUUAGAAUUUAACCGUGCCCGUCGUCGACACCAAUCAACAGAUUUACCUUUCACUGAAUUAACACAUUUAGACUCCGAAAGUUUUUUGCCUAGAGCGCCUAGUUGGAUGGCUAACGAUGCUAUAGCCCCUAGGGGAAUGCCUAAAUUGAUAAAUUCUGCUGGAAGUGGUCCUUAUGCAGCACCUCAUUUAAGUAGAACACAAGGAAUUGAAAGGCCAGAAUUAACUCGAUAUAGCAAAAUUGCUGAUGAUAUAACAGGUAAUACAUGGAUAAUUAAAUUUGUGUUCCUCCUCCUUAUCCGUGGCCCUAUGGAUUCCAAAGGUUUUCAAUUUAUGUGCUUCCUUUAAGCCCAUGUGUUACAUACCAAGUUAAUCCUUUAUUUUUUUAAUUUAAUUUUUUAGCUCGCCUCUUAAAAACAUCAAUAUUGCCAGAACAUAUGAAAACAAUAACUAGUAAAGAAUUUAGAAGUGCUCCUUUCCCUUCUGCGGGAAGUUCAACAGAACAAUUCGCAACAGAAGAUGAAAUGCUGGUAAAGCUUUUUUAAGUAAAUAAACUGCCCGGUAAAAUUAAGAGAAAAAAAUAUAAUUUUUAUACCCAAUAAAAAUAAAUAAAAAAAGGAUUUUGGUUGGGAAUUUUUUGAAAAAUUGGGAAAUUUUUUGUCAUAGUUCUCCAAAAAUAAUUGAAAGGGUGUAUCGUUGGACAUAUUUAAAAUCAAAAAAAUUUUCUGCGGUUUUAACUAGGGUAGCACCCCGUUCCCCGAAACCCCGACCCUAACCCCGAAGGCUCUACCCCGGCAAACCCCGAUCCCCGACAUCCCGCCCCCGAAGGCUCGGGGUGCUACCUUAGUUUUAACAAUAAAUGGGAGGAAUUGUUAUCUUUGUCAUUUAAAAAUAAUUUUUUGUUUAAAAAUAAAAAUUUAAAUUUAAAAAACAUCAGCCCAAUCUUUUCUUUCAAAUCUUUUAAAAUAAUUUUUGUUCAAUUUUUCUUCACUCUUUACUCCUUACUUUUCCUUAAACUUUCAGAAUUUCUUCCCGUUUUUGUUUGAAAUAUUUACAAAAUUCUUCAAGUUUAUCCUCUUUCAAUUCUUUACCUUCACUAAAAUAAUUCUCAACUUCUUCACAUUUUUCUUCGGCAUUCAAUAUUUGUUUAAAAUUAUAUUCCUUUUCAAGCUUCUUUAUAUAUUUAUGCAAUUUCUAGAAAUUAUUUUAAAAUAUUCUUUUUAAGAAAUUUUCUGAUCAUAUCCGCAUAAACAAAUAUCGGAUAGGAUUGAGGGGCACUGUCUGUGGCACAACAAAAAUCUUAUACAGUAAGACCCCAGUUACUCAUUUAUAAAUUACCUAACUGGGAUCUUACAGUAUUCGAUUUUAGCUUUGUAUUUAUUAUAUUUACCCUAUCUAUACUUACAAACCAUUCUAUUAGAAUGGUUUGUCUAAUAGAAUGGCUAAAGCAAUUAUUAUUGUUGCCUAAGAUCAGCACUUUCGACUAAAAAUUUUUUCCUUCCCAACAUUCAAAAAUUCUUUUAUAUUUUUAAUAAAAAAAUAAAAAAAACCUUCAAUUUUCUUUUACUUAUCAAUUCGGCAAUGUUGCACAAAUCUCCAAAACCUACUUUUACCUCAUUCUCCUCUCCAACAUCUUCAGUUUUUCCAAAAUAUUUUUCAUAAAUUUCUUUAUAAAUUUCAAACUUCUCACCAUUACUACUAUUUAACUUUAAUUCAUUUAUUUCCUCCAAAAUUUUUUUCAAUCCUUUUUCUCUUUUUCGGUUACUUAAAACGGCAUAAGCAUCUGAUAAUUUGUAUACAAAGCCUAAUCUAUCUAUUUUUUCACCACCUAAAUUUAAUUAAUUUUUUUCAAUAA